CGUCCCCUUGAUGAUUAAAAACCAACAUAAUGACGGGGAAUAUAUAUAAUCAAAACUUUAAAUGUGUCUUUUAAUGAGUCAUUUCUAAAUUAAUAUAGGAUGAUCUGCCCAUAAAUAGAGUAUUUAAAACCCAACAGUUUAGUUUUAUAAUACAUGGUUCGAUCACAAUAAUCUGAAAAAAACGUUAGUAAGAAUGGAAGAUUACAAGUAUUUGUUUAAAGUUGUAUUGAUUGGUGAAGCUGGUGUUGGGAAGACAUGUCUCGUUAGACGGUUUACACAGGGACUAUUCCCUCCAGGGCAGGGUGCUACAAUUGGUGUAGAUUUUAUGAUCAAAACUGUGGAAAUAGAUGGAGAGAAAGUAAAACUACAGAUUUGGGACACAGCUGGUCAAGAGAGGUUCCGCUCAAUUACCCAAAGUUACUACAGAUCUGCAAACUCUCUUAUUCUGGUUUAUGACGUCUGCUGUCAAGCAUCCUUUGAUUCAUUACCAACAUGGAUUCAGGAAAUAGAGACAUACGCCAGUACAAAGUUUUGUGGUUACUUAGUGGGAAACAAAACGGACAAAAUCAAUGACAAAGAAAUACCAACACACAUCGGACAACAGUUUGCUGACAGAUAUGAAAUGGACUUCAUUGAAACUUCGGCAAAGGAAGCUGAUAAUGUUGAUAAACUUUUCUAUACUAUUGCCAAAAAACUGUCAAAAGAAGCCAAACAAGGGGAGUUAACUUCUGAUGACACAACAAAGUUCAACACAGACAAUACAACCAGUAUUUCAAACUGUAGCGGGUGUUUGAAAUUUUAAAGUAUUCCAGUGAAGUUGUGGAAUGGUAUGUUCCAGUGAAGUUGUGAAAUGGUAUGUUCCAGUGAAGUUGUGAAAUGGAAUGAUCCAGAUAGUAAUUGAAUAUGUGUAAUAUGAAUAUUUUGUUGAGAUUGUUCUGAAUGAUUAAAUUUUUUAGGGUAAUUGGAAUAAUUUUUCUGUUUUUCUUUUACUGCAUAAUAGUACAUGUACAGAUAGAUUCUUUUGCUGGUUUUGAAAAAAAACCAACACACACAAAUAACUUUACACGUGUAUGUACACAAAGAAGCUGCAAGCUUCCAAUUUUACACAAAUUACUAUUUUAGUUUGUUUUUCAAUUUAAGUUUUUCACAAAUAUAUAUUUAAUUAUUAAAUGCAGGAAUAUUAAAUUUGUACUCUUAUUUGUAAAACAAAAUCUUUUUUCCAUAUAGAAAUGCCAAAAAAUGUAUUAUGAUUUGACUAUAUUUGACAGAAGGAACUGAAAUCAGAUAAACAGAGCAAUUAUUUUAACUGCCUUAUGAGCAUGAUUAUGUUAUUCAAGAAAUAUUUUUAUUGUUAAUUGUAGUACUUCAAUCCAGAUAUUAAUUGAUGUUUUUUCAAGAGUUUUGUUUGAAAGUCAUACAUGAGGGUAGUAAUGCCCUUUACUGUCAGGCGUCAAACGGUAAUUUUCGGCUACCGUUAGCGUCAAAUUGGUUAAAAUGUUACCGUGAUUCGUCAAAAUAUCCUUAUUGUGAUUCGUCAGAGGUCUCAGAUAAUUAUAAUUACCGUUAUUUUUGGAAAAAAUUUAACGUGAUUUGUCAAAAUCAGUUGAAUUUUUUAUCAUCUAAAAGAAAGUGUACAUUUUAUUGUCAUGCACCAAAAAUGACUGUUAACGUCGUUUGGCAGGAAUUUUUACCGUUAUUAGUCAUGAAGGUACCCCCAUUACGACUCUCAUACAUGUGUAUUGUGGAUUCAUUAUUAAUCUUGGAUACCAAUUUUUGUGGAUUUUGUGGAUAUAAGUAAACCACAAAUUUAAAUGUUCAUUGAAGUAGAAAUGUCCUAUAAGCUUGUAUGCAGACUUUGACAAAACCAGGAAAUCAAAUAUCCAUGAAAAUACAGUUCAUCCUCAAUCCACUAAAAUUGGUACCCACGAAAAUAAAUAAAUUUACAGUAAAAAAAAGUACAUGUAAAUUGUUGUUGCUUUUUUAGGGGAAGUUUCAAUUUAAUAAAACAUUGUGUCAAUUUAUGUGAUAGAUCACUUUUUUUUUUAAUUGGCUAAUAACCAUUCAAGAUAUAUGUGAAACUUCAUUUUAGCCUGGAGUUCUUAGUGAUUCCUCAGUAAAUUUUCACUCUUUGCUGGUCCAAACUGUGUUUGACAGACUUUCAGAUGUAGUUUUAAAGAUCUUUUUUUUUUAACUGGUAACUGAAAAUUAUGUCAAGUAAAGGGUUACUUUAUAGAGGAAUCCAAAAUUUUAAUGAACUUUUAACAUUGUGUGAUGAACAUUUGGAAUGCCUAGGUAUAAAAGAGUAUUUGAUUUUUAUAUUCAGCUAUUUAAAGUGACAUUACCAAUCACUUAAAAGAAGAAAGACUUAUAAAUCCAUUUGCAGUGAAUGUGUAUAAUUAGGGCUGUUCCAGAAUAAAACACAUGGGGGGAUGGGAGCCACUUUUUUUUUAAACCCCAAUCACCCAUAAUAUAAAUUUUUAUGUUUACAUACAAUUCUUACAAAAUUCUAAGGAAAACUCACAAAUAAAUAAUUUGAUUACCUCCCCCCCACCAUCAACUUCUGAACAGCCCUACCUGACAACUGGGUUGGAGUGCUUAUUUUUACUAUGUGCAAUUUAUUACUGAAUAUUCUGUUAAAAUAUAUAUUUACAUUGUAAAUAAUUACUUCAUGAAUGUCUUUCAUUACAUUGUAUGAUCUGAUUGGUCUAUAUGUUGUCACAUGAUUUCAUCUCUCUAUUCAUUGGAUGUAAUACCAAAAAACAAACAAAAAGUGAGUUCAGUUUUCUAAAAACUGUUAAGACUUUUGCUCAUGAAUGUUAAUGUCCUCAAAUUAAAGAUGAAACAGGUUUUCAAACUUAACCAGUUUGUUCAUAGUCAGUAUGUUUAAUGUUAUUAAAAUGAAAUUGUAUCGUUAUCCUUUUAAAUUUGUAAAUUGAACUUUACAAUGAAUAUAAAUUGAAAAAAAUGAUUGUUUAUAUUGAAAUUACAUCUAGGGUGGAUGUAGUGUAUAAAGGCUGGAACAAUUUGUAUUUUUUAAUGGGGAUUUAAAUGAUUUUUUUAGGUGCAUCUCAGCUCUGGUAUUUUUCAAACAACAUCAGUGAUUAUUUUAAUUUUUUGACAAACUUACAAGGCCACACACACUCUCAAAGCAUGCUUUCUUCUAAAUACAAAGAUCUGUGUGCAAUAAUCAUUGAAUUCAUAUAAACAUGUAUUAUAUAUCUUUAUUCUCGUAAACCAAAGUACAAUGGUAUAGAGACAUAUACAAAUAAAUUAACAUACAUAGUACAAAUGUUAACUACAAAUAAUUUAAUUUUGGAUGUAACGCGUCUGCUGAUUGGCUGACGUUGUUUUGUUUAUCAGCUCAUAGACAUAAUUUAGUCAUGUGACCUUGACGUCAUCAACGUUUUUUCAUUGUUUACUCCGGUUUAAAAUGGAAUUUAGAAUUAAAUUAUAAGAAAUAACUGUAAUAUUUUAUCUGUCUAUUCGAAAUAACAUAAAAAAUGUGAUGCACACUUUAAAAUAACCCGCUACGCGGGUUAUUCAGUGUGCAUCACAUUUUUGAUGUUAUUUCUUCAUAGACAGAAAAAAUAUUACAGUUAUUCCUUAAAUGUAAAGUAGAGACAUACAGUGGUUACCCAGGAAAUUCAAGGCAUUUAAUAAUUAUUCUUAUAAACUUGCACAGUUUGUUUAGUUCAGACGAGUUGUUGCUAUUCAUUAGACCUUGAAAUUUUAAAAUAUUUGGUCUGAUUAUUUUAAUUUUUGGACAAACUUACAAGGCCACACACACUCUCAAAGCAUACUUUCUUCUAAAUACAAAGAUAGAUCUAUGUGCAAUAAUUAUUGAAUUCAUAUAAACUGACAUCUCUGUAUAUGUUCAUAAAAUAUUCACCAUUGUUAACUUAAUAAAUUGGGUAUUUAUUGUGCCAAGUAGUUUUUUUCAUUUCAUUGUAACAAGCUUAAACAUAUUUCAUCUGUUGUACAAAUUUUCUUGCUUAGCUUAGAAUUAGUACAUUUAUAUGGAUGCUAAGGACAUGAAAAAAGUGUGUGUUUCCUAUUGACUGACUUGUGAUAGGUGAACAUGCAUGUAUAUUGUUGACACUCCCUCUCUUACAACUGUUAACUCAUUUCCUAACAUGAAAGAUCAAAUUGAAUUUUACCUAGUGCUUUUGAAACAUUUGUGAGAAAUGAAGAAACCAUAUUCUCUAAUUCUUAACUGAUUUAUACUCUCCCAGAUGGACUGAUUAUUUUUCUCUAAGGGCUCUUCCAAACUGGGAAAAUAAGAAAUAUAUAGCAAUUUCAUGGAUUUUGAAGAUAUAGGUGAACCACGAAUUUCAAUAUCUAUGUAGUACAAAUUUUCUAAAAGGGGCAUAAGCUACGAGAUAUAUAAAAAAAAUAAAAUAUGAUUUUUAUUUGUUCAAUCAUUAAUGAAAGUAAAAUAAUGAAAUGAUAAUUCACUUUUAGCAGCCUAUUUGGUUCAAUUUUGUCAAAAUAAGCUAAGAAACGUCACUGAUGAAUUAUUCACUUGCAAGUGAAUAAUUUGACCUCACUGAAUCCGUAUUCAUGUGACUUUCAAUUCAACCACUUAGCUGGACAUGGUUUACAUGUGUAUUCAGCUAUUAAAAGGAAAAGAAUGUCAACAUUGAAAUUGAAACAAGGAUGAACCAUUAAAUUGACUAAUUCAAUCCACAAUAAUAUCAUACUUAUACAGAUAAAAAUGAUGAUAAACAUACUUUUAAACCUACAAUAUGAAAUCAAACAGACCUAGAAAAAUCCAAUUGCAUGUGGUCACUAUCUGUUUAUACUUAUAUUUAUGUUUAUAUUGGGUGAUAUGACCGGCGGCAGUCUUCGGAAGUCAUCCAACGGUUAAUUAGGUGGCGUCUAGACAAAAAUACACAUGAAAUGUUGAUACAUAUUAUCGAUUUCAUGCAUUGUUAAUUGUUUAUUUUAGACUUUUUGUAAUUUGGAUAUACGUUUUAGUAUGUUAUAAAUCAAAUAUGAGAAUUUGAGUCAAAUCAGUGAACAUGAAUUUUACAGCUAAUGCCCCCUUAAGGCUUAUGUGCAGAAUUUGGUAAAACCAAAUAUCCACAAAGAAUACAAUUUUUCCGCAAUCCACAAAAAAUUGGUACCCCAAAAAAAUAAAUGAAUCCACAAAAUAUCAAAGAUUUAAAAUAUUGCUGAUUUAUCAUUUUAAAGGUUAGUUGUCGUCAACAGAAAACACACAUGAAUAAUGGUUGCUAAAAUAUGGUUAUUCAAAUUUUGUAAAUUUGAAAGUUAUUUUUGUUAAUAGAUUUUGUACCAUUCAAUUUAUACACUUAUAGGUAAAAAAAGUUGUAUUAAUUGUGCCAUAUUUUUUCUUACAAUGAAUAAAGUUACAUUUAAAACCAUAAUUUAUUAAUUCAUUUAGCUAAAUCAAAUUUAAAUUUAAAUAUAUCAUUAGGAAAUGUAUUAUCAUCAAUUUUCUUCAAGUUAUUUUUAACUUUUGUGAUUUUUGAUUUUUUUUCUCUAUUUUUAUAGUAUGAAUAAUAAGCUGUAUUGAAAAUUCGUCUGGAUUUCAAAAAUACUUUAGGCAUGGAACAUAGAGCUCAGGCUUCGACAACCUAAAUAUUCAAGUUAGAUAUGUAAAAUGUUAUAACAUGUGAAUAGAUCUUUUUUGUUUAUGCAUAUACUGUAUGUUUCAAGUCCCAAAACUCCAUGUAAAUUAACAUAUUUUCAUGGAACUUUCGUGCUUAUUAUGACUUCAUGAAAAUAACAUUAAUGUGUAAAUUUUCAAAAAAAUACAUAUUUCCUAUCUAGUCUUUAAUUUAUCUAUGAGUCGUUGUGAUAUUUAUGAGUCAAUGAAUCCUGAAUUGAAAUUUUAGCUAGAAAAAGGGGCCAUAUUGAAAAAACUCCCUUUAAUAGCAUAAUUAAAUAUAGCCCAUUGACCCUCACUUCUCUUUUCAUUAUUUAAUUUUAUAUCAUUCAUUUAUCUAUAGCUCAGUGUAUCAAAUCUUCAUACAUGUAUUUUCUAAUUAUCUGAUGAAUUUUAUUUUCAAUUUUAUUUUGUAAUUAUGGAUAGUUUCACUGAUAGAUCAUUUAAGUAUUUUAUGACAAUUUCAUGUUUUAUUGAAUGUUUUUAUUUUUAUUUUUAUAGUAAAUAAACAAUUUAUAAGAUGUAGCUAUUAUAUUUAUACUGUAAACCAACUUAUUUUCGUGACUUUUGUGAGUAGGAAAAUAAUGCAAAUAUAAAUCGUCAUGACUAUUUCUAAAUUCUAAUAAGAAAUCAUCACCAAAGUUAGGAAAUAGCAAACACAAAUAAUCAACAAUCAAAUAAUAAAGAACUGGCAAAAAAGGUAUCCGUGUCGAAGGCCGUACUUUGACCUAUAAUGGUUUACUUUUACAAUAGUUAUCAAAGGUACCAGGAUUAUAAUUUAAUACGCCAGACGCGCAUUUCGUCUACAUUUCUAAAUUCUACAAAUUGUGACUUCGAUGGAGAGUUGUCUCAUUGGCACUCAUACCACAUCUUCUUAUAUCUAUUUGCAUGAAUAAAAGUAUCUGCGAAAAUGAGUUGAUUUACAGUUUUUUUAUGAUCAUGUAGUGAAGAAAGAUACCAAAGAAACUGAAGAAGGCCAGUGGCCGAAACAUCUUAUAAAUGGUUUAUUUACGUCAAUAUUGUAAACUAUGUUCCCUUUUGGAAUUUCUACUCUAGAAUGUUUUUUUUUAAUUUUGUUAGUCCAUCCAGAAGUUAUUUUUGUCUUGGUUAUUGACUGUUUUUAUGCCUUAGUAGAAGAAACAAAAAGAUUUGUUUUAAAACUGUUUUUUCUAAAGAUACUACUUUUAUAAAAUGUUCUGACUUGUAAUACUGAAAAAGAAUGUAUUUUUCACUUGUUUUUAUUUCUUCAGCAUCUCCUUAAGCAGAGAAAAUUGUACUCUUGAAAAAUUGUUUACAAAACAAAAGGCAGAGCUUAAUAUCAUUAACAUGCAAACAUAUAAGUAAUUGAUUGGUAACAUCAUUUGACAAACAAAUUUGAUGCCGUAAUAAAUAGUGUUAACUGUGACGAUUUUAGCCGCUCUUUGUUGUUUUUCAGUCAGAAAGAGAACUUAUAAUGGUAUUUUUAAGCACAGUAUAAGAGAUUGUUUUUGGUUUUGACAAGGGUUUUAUCAUGAAUUCAACAAACAGGGACUUUUCUUUGUAAUUUUUAUAUAGCAUAUUUGUAUGAUGAUUUGAAAAUGUAAUUGCUUUUGGAAGACCGCUUUGGUUUUAUGAUAUAUUGUUUUAUCCAGUUAAUCAAUUCUAAAUGUUUACAAUAAUCCCUGCAAAAAGAGUGAAAUGAUUUUAAAGGGGCAAUCAACACCAACAUAACGAAAAGACAAACAUGUCCACAAAACAUUACACAGUAAACUAAAGAUUAAGCAACACCAACCCUACAAGAAAUGUAGUGUGAACUCAGGUGCUCCGGAAGGGUAGGCAGUUCCUGCUCUACUAGUGGCACAUGUUAAGACUGGUCUUAUUUCUGACCCCUUGGCAAUAAAAAUUAAGUGUCAGCAUAUUAGGAGUACAAAUGCCCUGCAAGGGCAGCCAUGAUUUUGUGUACCAAAAUACAUAAUGGUGAUCUGUAUAGAUGGAAGGGGUGGUAUAAUCCAAUAUCCCAUCUUAAGAGAAUGUCACAAUCUCUGCAUGUUUAAAGAAUCGUUGUAGCCUUGUUAUCAUAGAAAGAAAUAUACACCAAACCAGGAAGAAUAUACCCACAAAAAUUAGAUAAAACCACAGUACAAAGAGGUCAUGUGACUGAUGUAAGAGACAUUUUUUUUUUAAUUAUUAACAUUUACAAAAAUCUGUUGAUCUGAUAUUGUUGCAAUGUAAUGAUAGUUUUUACAUUAAAAAAUUUCAAGUAUUA